AUGCCAGCAAAAUUCCUUGGAAACAAAGUGACCGCAUACGGAGGAACCUUGAAAUUCACGUUCACGUUCUCUGGCCAAGGAAGAAUGAAUCAAGAUCCUGAUGUUAUUAUUAGAGGAAACGAUAUUACGCUUCAAUACAAACAUCGCAUUCCAAUUUAUCCCGACAGGGAAAAUACUAUUGAGCUGAAAAUAUUUGAGGACAGGUGGCAACGAGUUGAUGGACAACAAGGAACUCGUGAGCAUCUUCUGAUGGCUCUCGCAGAUCUCGACGAGGAAGAUUUGCUUCAGGCGACAUACAUGGAAGAAUGCUCUCAAACCUCUCUGAUCAGCGUAUCGCUUGAGUACGCUGAACCACACGGAACAGGGCUAACGGCUUAUGAGGUAGAACAGUGCCAGUGUCCUCCCGGUUAUAUUGGAACGUCAUGCGAAGACUGUGCUCCAGGAUACUCAAGAACCGGAGGAGGUCUGUAUCUCGGACUUUGCGAACGCUGCGAGUGCCACGGACACGCAAGUCAGUGUGACAAGGAAUACGGCUUCUGUGUGGACUGCCAACACAACACCGAAGGUGAUCAGUGCGAACGAUGCAAACCUGGAUUCAUCGGAGAUGCUCGUCGAGGUACACCUCAUGACUGCCAACCAGCCGCCACCCGUCCUCCAUGCCACUGUAACAACCACUCUCCAAGGGGCUGCGACUCCUUUGGAAGAUGCCUGCUCUGCGAGCACAACACUGAAGGAACCCAUUGUGAACGGUGUAAGAAGGGAUUCUAUGGAGAUGCCACGAAGGGAACCCCAUACGACUGUACUCCUUGCCCUUGCCCAGGAGCUGCUGACUGCUAUUUGGAUUCGCAAGGUCAAGUUGCGUGUAGAAACUGCCCAGCAGGUCUUGCCGGUCGACUCUGUGAUGAAUGUGCCCCUGGCUAUACUCGCUCGCACAAGAUCGCUGGACGUCCCUGUGAACCGAUUGGACACGUUGGAGACCGUGAUCGAACCUAUGUACCACCAGCACCUCCACACGAAGGUGAACCACUCCGUCGCAAUCGGCAUCGUAGACGUCGUAUCCGCUCCGAUUCAUGUGUUUGUCAGUGGACCACCAUGCGCCCAUACGUCCUUGCCGCUAUGCCGGCAGCCGUCUGCGUCAUCGUCCUCAUCGUCGUCGUAUUCGUCUUGUCUCCGCUUCGAGUACGGAUUCUGGAGCCAAAGCACCAAGCGGUAGCGAAUGGCAGCAACGUCCAGUGGAUCUGUCAGAUCACCGGGCCUCUGCGCAGCUAUGUACACCUCGAAUGGACCCGUGUCGGGUAUCCAUCGUUACCGGAAAAGGCGAAUGUCAGUAUCGACGACGACGCGAUUUUGACAUUGAUGGACGUCAACGAAGGAGAUGCAGGACAGUAUCGUUGUACGGCAACCACCAUCAACUCAAUCGCUACAGACGAUGCGACUCUAACAAUCAGCCAUUCAUCUACACUCCCUGCUGGAACAUUGGAUCGAGAUGGUUUCCUCCGAUUUACCAAUACGAAGAAGACCGAUGCAGGAGAAUACGUUUGCACAGCUUCUGAUCCUCGAGGAGGACCAUCAACUGAAGCACCACCAGCACGUCUUAACGUGAACCCCACACCUUUCCAACCACAAGUAGAACCACCGGAGCGAACCGUCAGAGAAGGAGAACCAGCGGAAUUCCGAUGCUGGGUACCCGGCUACCCACACGCUGUUCUUCAGUGGAGCGCGCGACGGGGAGAGCGUGGGCCUUUUCUCCACUCUCAUCACAUUGCUCCAAUGUUCUUUGCAAAUGACAAAGACAUUUUAGCGCUUCCCGAAGGGGCUUCUGUAAGAGACGGCUUCCUUCGUUUUGCAAGUGCAAAAAUGUCCGACGACGGAUAUUAUACCUGCACAGCGUCUGAUCCUACGGAUCCUAAGGGAGUACCGCCUCGCGAGGCACCACCCGCACGGCUUCGUGUGAGACCACCAGGUCACGGACCGCAAGUAGAGCCACCAGAACAAACUGUCAAUGAAGGAGACCCUGCCCAGUUCCGUUGCUGGGUGCCCGGAAAUCCACGCGCUGAUAUCCAUUGGAGCGGAAGAGACGGAGAGCCGCUUCCUCAAGGAGCAUGGAGUAGAGGCGGAAUCCUUCGCUUUGAUAGGACCAGGACAUCGGACGAAGGGGCCUACAUUUGCACCGCCUCCGAUCCUACAGACCCCGAAGAAGGUCCUAAGGAAGCUCCACCCGCACAACUUCAUGUGAAGCCGAAGCCAUUCGAGCCACAAGUAGAGCCUCCAGAGCAGACCGUCAACGAAGGGCAUCCUGCUCAGUUCCGUUGUUGGGUGCCUGGUCACCCACGUGCUGUU